GCGCCGGCGCUCGAGAGCGCAGUUCCGUGAAACGCGCUGCACAGGCAGACGCUCCUACACAACAAGCCGAUUCUCGGAAAGCGUUUCCCCCGGUGCUUUUCAUGUUCGAGACACGCCGAGCUCUUCUCACAUCCGUGGAGCUGAUCAAAACCGAUCGACGUGUUGCUUUCGAAAGUGUGCGCUCCCAUUCUGACACGGUGCGCCGAUCUGUCGCCAUUACACCGGGGGGGGAGGAUGUCGACUUUUCAGCAUCUUUAAAAAAUAAAUAAAAUAUCUUCACUCAUCACGGAUAUAACAGUUGCGAAUGUAUUCGUGAUGCUCUUGUGUGUGCCGAGGAUUCCAAUCCCAUCUUCAGCAAUGGUUACUGGAGAGAUGAUAGUUACAGAGAAUGGAGAAGGUCCCUGUAACCAACCAAUCCCGGUUUCCGCUCAGCCGUGGGAAUCAUUCGAAAACCUGCGAUGCAUCCAUACUACGUUUCAGCAUCUGAAUUCCUCAGGCUGGUACUGGGGGAACAUUUCAGCCAGUCAGGCUGGAGAUGCUCUGGCAGGUACGGCAGAGGGCACGUUCCUCGUACGUGACAGCAGCCACACGCACUACUUCUUCACCCUCUCUGUAAAGACGAACAGAGGCCCUACCAACGUACGCAUCGAGUACAGCGGCAACCGCUUCCGCCUGGACUACAGUUCUAGCACCUGUCCUCCGCUGCAGUCCUUCCCCACCGUGUCCGAUCUGGUGCAGCACUAUGCGGGCACCAGCAGAAGAAAGGGGAAAGCUAAGCCAGAGGAAGAUGUCCCAGCAGCACUGAAGGACAAUGCAGUUCUGCUGAAACUCAGACAGCCUCUGUAUAAACCCAAAUCCUUUCCCACGUUACAGCACUUGGUCCGCCUCACCAUAAACAGACACACAAACUGCCCAGAACAGCUGCCCCUACCACAUCUUCUGCUACUCUACCUACAGGAAUAUCCCUUCAAAGUUUGAACAUUGACAUCAUUCCCAGCAGGGUUCGAAGGCUUAGAUUGGAUUCUUUGUCUCUUCGCCUGAAAGAGACCACUGGAUGAUGCAGCAGCUGUAUGGACUAUGGGUGCUACAAAUGAUUGGCGCAGAAUCCCAGACUGCAUUGUGAGAAAUGUGUUGUGACAUUCAGGCCUGAGGCCAGUGAAUAAACGCUGAACUGAGCAUAGCGAAAGCACUUAUUCAAAUUUUUACAAAAUUACUACAAAAUAUUUAAUGACUGUGUAAUAACUCAUAUUUAAAACAUGUAUUGGAGUGUAUAACAAAACCAAACUUUGACUUUCAGUACUGAGAUCUAUUACAUGGAGCACCAUUUGAUGUAUUUCAUUGCACAGCUGUUUCCAAACUAGUAUUUUGAGGUCAGUGAUGACGGGGAGUGAAAAUGAAAUAAAAGUGUGUUGUGGCAUUCAGAGGGCAACAUUUCGAGAGCACGCUCUCGGAGACAAUGACAGUUCUAGACUUUUGAAUAGCAGCUCAGCAGGCCCUGCCUUUGUUCUGUCUGCCUGUAAAUUACAGGCUAGUUAUGAGGAGAUGCUUCAUGCAUCCUGUUUACAAAUGAGCAAAAUUUGUUCACGUGAAACUUAACGUUCCUGUAAAUAUCAUUGUCUGUACACAUUUUCAGUUUUUAGUAAAAUAUUUCACUGAAACUA